GUAUUUAAAUCUUUUUGUUUUAAUGGCCCAACUAAGUGCCAUACAAGUUCAAUUGUGUAUGUUUUUGUUAUGUGAACUGGUCGCAAGCCUUCAAAAUGUCUUGGAGCUAUACGGAAUUUAAAAUUAUACCAGAAUCUGAGAGACGACGUCGCCUGGAACGUUUUGAUGAUAAAGACAAGGAAGUUGUGGAAAUUUUUGAGAAAGUUGCCGGAGAUGACGGUGUCAUAGAUGCUUAUGAGUUACAGAACCUCCUACAGCUUUGUUUUCGACGCGAAAUGGGAGAUUAUGACUUCAAUUUGGAAACCUGUCGAAGUCUUUUGGCACUCUAUGAUGUGGACAUGAGUUGUUGCAUCGAGUUUGACGAAUUUUAUAAACUUUGGAGAGAUUUGAAGAUUUGGUAUGGUGUGUUCAAGAAAUACGAUAUUGACAGGAGUUUUGAUAUGGACAAGAAAGAAUUACGGCAAGCACUCGCAGGAAUUCCCGACCUUCAUAUCACUGUCAAAACUAUCGAAAUAUACUCGAAAAGAUUUGUUAACAGGGAGAGCAGAGUCGGUCUUGACGAUUUUCUUCAAAUUAUCGCGAGGAUCAAGUGUUUGAGUAGAUCUUUUGAAAGACAAAUGUUAAGAAGCGGAAGUUAUGGUCGAAAUCCCAAGGCAAUGUUCACUUUAGAUGCAUAUGUGGAGGCAGCUUUGAUAUCCUAGAUCGUAAUGACGGCAAAUAUAUGUAUUUAUGGAGAGAUAUAGUUUUGAUAAUGAUUUACGAACUCAAUACAUUAAAUGCUCAAAUCAAUUUCCUAGAUUACAUGUAACAAGGAUGAAUUUGUAAAUUCCACGCGAUUGUCUCGGGACGAUCAUAAGGACGAGAGAUCCUUUACGUCAUUACAAGAACGUAAUGACUAAUUAAACUGAUUGUAAUUAUAAAACUUAUCCCUGAAGAACAUAUGUACACGAGAAUCUAUUUAUGGUUCAUCA